CUUCAGGCCAUUGCUGCAACCCGCCAGAAAGGAGAAGAAGAAGCAGAACAAAGACACACCAGCCGCAGCUAAGUCUGCAUUAUUUUCUUCAUUUCUACGUUUGUGUAGUUAUUCCUCUAUCGAAUGACAAAACUACACGGUGAUUAAUUAUUUGCGUCAGGAUGAACGCGACUCAACUCGGUGACAUUUGAAGCGUCUCAGGCUCGCUAGUUAGCUUAGCUCGCUAGUUAGCUUAGCUCGCUAGCUGCUAACAAAGAGACGCGGAAGUGAGCAACACAUCGCUAAGCAGAGAUCAAAUUAAAGAACAUCUUCUUGAGCCGCAAGAGUGGACCUCUAGGAUGGCUCAAGAGGAGCCGCAGUCCUUCCGCUUUAAAGAAGAGGAGGAGCACCAGCCUCCCUACAUUAAAGAGGAGGAGGAGGAACACAGCAUCAGUCAGGAGGGAGGGCAGCUUGAAUGGUUGAAAGAGUUCCCAGUGAUUGAUGUCAUUGUGAAGAGUGAAGAUGAUGAGGUCAAAGGUGAAAGUGAGGAGAAGAGCAGCAGCUCAACACAACACAUGACAACAGAAGCUGAUGGAGACCACUGUGGAGGAUCACAAGCAGACAAGCUCUUAGCUCCACUAUCAGAUAGUGAGGACACAACGUCACACUCUCCUGACACUGAUGAUGAAGACUCUAAAGAUGAUAAGACAUGUCACACUGACAUCGCCCACUUUAAAUGUUCCCACUGUGACAAAACAUUUGCUCACCAUUGUCAUCUGAAAAUACACACGAGAACGCACACCGGAGAAAAGCCAUUCAUGUGCUCAGUUUGUAGUAAACAAUUCUCCCGGAAGGAAAGUUUGAUAAUACACACCAGAAUACACACCGGAGAGAAACCUUUCAUCUGUUCAGUCUGCGGCAAAGGUUUUAUACAAAAUAGUGAUUUGAGAAAACAUACAAGAAUACACAUUGGCGAAAAACCCUUUUCCUGUUCAAUCUGUGAUAAAUGUUUUACACAAAAAGAUACCUUGAAAACCCACAUGAGAGUGCACACCGGGGAAAAACCAUUCAUGUGCUCAGUUUGCAGCAAAAGAUUCUCCUGGAAAGAAACUCUGAAAAAACAUACACGGAUACACACGGGAGAAAAACCGUUCUGCUGUUUAAUCUGCGGCGAAGGUUUUAUACAAAGCAGCGAUUUGAAAGUGCACAUGAGAAGACACACCGGAGAGAAACUGUUUUCCUGUGCAAUCUGUGGGGAAGGCUUUGUACACAGUCAAAGUUUGAAAGUGCACACGAGAAGACACACUGGCGAAAAACCUUAUUCCUGUUCGAGCUGCAACAAGAGCUUUUGUGACCGGUCGACGCUUGUGAUGCACACGAGAACGCACACCGGCGAAAAACCUUAUUCCUGUUCGAUUUGCGGCAAAGGUUUUGCACGGAAUACAUUUUUGACCGUGCACAUGAGAACCCACACUGGUGAAAAACCACAUUCCUGUUCGAGCUGCGACAAAAGCUUCUGUGAAAGGUCAACACUGGUGAAACACAUGAGAACACACACUGGUGAGAAAGUGUACAGUUGCAGUGUGUGUGAUAAAAGAUUCUCUUACAAAUACCAGAUCAACAAACACAAGUGUGUUGGUGAGAACAACAACAGCAGCUGCGGGACUUCGAAAUAAACUGCCAUCACUUUAAUGACUUGCUUGCAACAUAACAGAAGCUGAUGGAGACCACUGUGGAUGGAUCAUGUAAUGCAAUGUUUGAAUGCUUCUAGCGUAUAAAUGCAAUACAAAUAGUUUAAUAUAAAAUAUUUAUGACAAAGUGUCAGUCCAUUGUAUUACAUUAAAAUUAAAAAACAUUGUGAAA